GUCCGAGACCACGGAGACGCUCAAGCGAGGCGAGAGGCAACAGCGACUACAAGCAGAGCAAGAGACUUGGACAUUACACACAUAUACACACAGAGCCCACUAUUACUACUACUACUACUACUACUACCACCACCACUGCUGCUACUCCUACUACUACAGCAGCCGGUGCGCGGUGAACGGAGCGGAUCCAGCAGGACUCCACAGGCCCUACAGUUUAUUCCAGCAGCAGCAGCAGCAGCAGCAGCAGCAGAGAGGGAGUGGGAAAGUUUGGAGAAAUGCAGUCAGUGUACCAGCACCUCAUCAGCCUGCUGUUUGUCUUCAGCAGCCUGCACGUUAACCAGCUGACGGACGGCUGCUCGUGCGCUCUGUCGCACCCGCAAGACGCGUUCUGUAACUCCGAGAUAGUGAUUCGUGCCAAGGUGGUGGGCAAGAAACUCCUGAGAGAUGGACCCUUUGGAACGAUGCGCUACACAGUCAAGCAAAUGAAGAUGUACAAAGGAUUUGAGAAAGUCCAGCACGUGCAGCACAUUUACACAAGCGCCUCAGAGAGUUCAUGCGGCGUCAAGUUUGACAUCAACAAGUACCAAUACCUGAUCACAGGUCGAGUGUACAAUGACAAGGUCUACACUGGACUGUGCAACUUCAACGAGCAGUGGGACCGCCUCUCAUUGGCCCAGAAGAAAGGCUUCAACCAUCGCUACCAGCUGGGCUGCAACUGCAGGAUUAAGCCCUGCCACUACCUGCCUUGCUUUGUGACCUCGAAGAACGAGUGCCUAUGGACGGACAUGCUGUCCCACUUCGGCAGAUCUGGCUACCAGUCCCGGCACUACGCCUGCAUCCAGCAGAAGGAGGGUUACUGCAGCUGGUACCGGGGCAUGACCGCCCGCGACAAAACCAUCAUCAAUGCCACCGACCCCUGAACCACGAACGCACCUCGCCUGAAACCCACUGCCGCCUCCCUGACUCCGUCCCUCCCUUGACCACCUCUAGAGGACUCUUAAAGCUCACUGGCCUGGGUGACUGCCCCCCCUAAAGGGGCAAAAAAAGAGAAAAGAACAAAUCCAUUACAGUGCCUCUUCCGUAGCACUUCUGAUAAAAAAAACAAUACCUUUUUUCAUUGUACAGAUCGCCCACUUGAAUUCUAAUGUUUUUCCCACAUUACAAUCAAACACAGUCCUUGCAGCACACUGUCUCUUUAGGGUUUAGGACAGAAAGUCAAAGGGCCAAUAACAAGUGUAAGUCUUUGAUCAACCUCAAUUGGGACAUACAGAAUUGAAGAACUAAUCUCCAAGACACUGUGUAGUUAGCUCACUGCAUUGAGGCAGUAAAUCUUUUUUUCCUGUUGUCCCUUUUCAAAAGCAAGUACUCUCAAAACUAAAAGUCAUAAAGUAUCAGACGAAUUUCAGUCAGUGAAAAAAAGAACAACCAGCAAUGAUCACUAUGUAAAUUUGAGAUGUAAAGCUAUUACGUUGUUGCUACUAAACUGCAUAUGAGAUACAGCAUUAAGACUCAUGCAGUUCUGCACAUCUGCAAUAGAGAACAGAGUUAAGAAUCUUACUGAGAAUACAGAUUUAGGGCCAAUGUGGAAGGUAUGAUCCCUGAAAGUUAUACCUCUUAUUUUGGCCUCAAAACGCAGUUUCUGAAAAUGGUAUUGUUUCACAGUGAAGUAUAUCGAUUAUGUUCAGUUCUUACUGUAACGUGUCUUUACGGAUGGUAGUGUCUGCUUCUCUGAGCGUUUGUGGUGUAACUCAUUUUGCAGUCACAUCACAAACGGCACUCUUUCUGUUGAACACGAUAAAUAUCGGCGAGAUGCUAAAAAUGUCUGUCUGUUACAGUGGCAGCACGGGGAAGAGCUCAUUUCUUGCAGAGAUGGUGAUAUUUUAUUUUAUUUUUUUGCUGUAUAUAACAUAAGCUACAGAAAUGAAUUAUCAAUUCAGCUGAAACCUCUGUAAUACAUUUAUUUAUAUGUUUAACGGAUUACAAAUUAACAAUGUGGUAUAUCUGCAAAAAAUAUAUACAAUGACAGGCCAAUACUACGUUAUGACAACCAUCACGGCCUGUGCAAUUGUCCAGAAUGAAGGACCAGCAUCUGCAGUUAUAUUUUAUGGUACUUUUUUUUUUUUUGCUGGAUUAUAGUUUCCCAGAUUGGUACUCUUCACCAAUCCAAUGAAAGUACAGUAUAAACAGAGGUUUCAGAAAAUGAUUUAUUUUGUAAGUGUAUAUUCAGUCUUUUUGUAUUUAACUAUUUGAAAUGAACAUCAAUAUUGUCAUUAAAUUCAUUCUUCUUCACCUGUACCCACCUGGGGAGGAGGGGGUCCUUAUUUCCCCCUGUGCCGUACCUUCAGUUCAUUCCAUUAACAGACACAGAGUUGCCUCAAAGGGAGUAACAGCCCCUUCAUUACUCACAAUAAAAAAUAAAUAUUGCAAUGUUAACACAGGCAGCGCUGAGGAUACAAACGAGAAAGAGUAGCCCGACAUGUUGUCGACAGAUCUGAGGGCGGUAUCAGUCUUCUCAUCUGACUCUUAUGAAGAAAGUGAAUGAGCAGAUUUCUCAAAAAUGUCGGACUAUUUAUUUAAGAGUUGAAUUUCCGUCCAUUUUUUUUUCUUGUGAAAGACCAUCAGAGGACACUAAAACUCUCCGGCAGUCAGUCAGAUCAUAUCAGAAGAUAAAGACAGUUAUUGGCUCGUAUCUGAUACUAAAUAAAAAUCCAGUACAAAAUAUCCCUCAAUAAAUCUUAACAUUCAACUUUCUUUUGUUCAAAUUUUUUGCUUUUUCGAGUCUUAUUAGUCCUCAGCCUCAGCCCAGUCGGCCUCAGUGUCAAGAAAAGGAAACGCUGAUCAUUGAAGGAAAAUGCUUUACAUCAUUAUAGAGCUCAAUUAUUUACUAUAAUAUUUAGGCUGUUUCUCCCACUGUGGCAUUUCUGUGUCACUAUUUCUGUGGUUCAUGUUUGUGUAAAUAUACUGUCUGCUUAACACAGAAACACUUGGUCAAGUUUGAUCCUUAAAAAAAGAAAAAAAGAAAAAAAAACAAGAACUCCAAUCAUGGAAGCUGUGUACAGUUUGUGUGUAAACACUGAUUCCUGAAGUGUGGGUGGGGGACUGUUUCCUUGUAGGGGUUAUAGAAAUGUUUGACUUAAUUUCUGUGUUUUAUAUUUUUAUAAUAAAGAUUUAAUGAAAAACGGG